CGGACAUGAGCGUAAAUUACCGUAAAAUAAGAGGGGAGUAUAAGUAGCUCCAAGAAACCCUAACUGCAAUCUCCUCUCCUCAGCGUUCGGUGGUUUGGCCAAGAUGAAGUUCAACAUUGCUAAUCCAACCACCGGUUGCCAGAAGAAGUUAGAAAUCGACGAUGACCAGAAACUCCGUGCCUUUUACGACAAGAGGAUCUCACAGGAGGUCAGCGGAGAUGCCCUUGGUGAGGAAUUCAAGGGCUAUGUUUUUAAAAUCAUGGGAGGUUGCGAUAAACAAGGGUUCCCUAUGAAGCAGGGGGUCCUAACUCCUGGCCGUGUCCGCCUGUUGCUGCAUAGAGGCAUCCCUUGCUUUCGUGGGUAUGGGAGGCGUAAUGGGGAGCGCAGGCGUAAGUCAGUUCGUGGAUGCAUUGUGAGCCCUGAUCUCUCUGUUCUGAACCUCGUGAUCGUGAAGAAGGGUGAGAAUGAUCUCCCUGGCCUCACUGACACUGAGAAGCCAAGGAUGAGGGGUCCAAAGAGGGCUUCUAAAAUCCGCAAGCUCUUCAACCUCUCCAAGGAGGAUGAUGUUCGCAAAUAUGUGAAUACUUAUCGCCGAACCUUCACAACCAAGUCAGGGAAGAAGUGCAGUAAGGCUCCAAAAAUUCAGAGGUUGGUGACCCCCUUGACCCUUCAGAGGAAGCGUGCAAGGAUGGCAGAGAAGAAGAAGAGGAUUGCAAAGGCCAAGUCUGAGGCAGCAGAGUACCAGAAGCUUCUUGCCAGCAGGAUCAAGGAGCAGCGUGAGAGGAGGAGCGAGAGCUUGGCCAAGAAGAGAUCGAGGCUGUCUGCUGCAUCAAAACCUUCUGUUGCCGCCUAGAAAGGUCUCUUUUUUUUUUUUUCCUUUAAUUUUCCCGGGAUUCGAUAAUGGCUAGAGUGAGUUUUUAAAUUUUAACUGAAACCUAUGCGUUGACGAUGUUGAUUUUGAUUGGGAAGCUCCUGUUAUGGAGUGAGUUGAAAUUUUUUUUUGGGUGCUCUUUAAGAGCUAGGGUUGUCAUGAUAUAUUUCUCUUUUAUUGAGCUUUAGUAAAACCUUCAUUAUUUGGGGCCAAAAUAUGAAAAGGCCCAUCUAACUUUAGAUCA